AUGGGUGUUCAUGGACAGGGCUGGGCAGGACAUGUUCCUUGCCUGAUGUCCGGCCUGAAAAAUGAGCGGGCUACAAAACCCUGCCCUGCCCACAGAAGUCCUAACCAUUUUCAGGCUGGGCAGGGCGGGCUUCCAAGCCCAAAUAGUGAUAUCUUGGGCUCUUGUUUCUCUAGUUACUCAGCCAUCCUUUAUGCGGUCGUAUACCACAUUUUAUCUGACAUACUCCAGAACUACGCUGCAUAUGGGUUUCAGAAUGCUUCAUCGUCUUGUUGUUGGUUGGCGGGGAGGUUCGGAGGGCUGAUACCCUGUGGACCGACGUCGAAAGUAUGUGCGGAUAGAUCCAAGCACGUGUUCCGGGAUCCUUACCAUCCAUCUCAAGCUACUAAUGAGAUCAUAGCUAGGCGACUAUUGGAUGGAGAUCUUCCUGAUAUCUCGCCCAUCAAUCUUAGCCGCUUCGCUUCUUCUUCUUGA